AUGGCCCCUAAAUUCGACCCGAAUGAAGUGAAGAUCAUCUACCUGCGGGCGACGGGUGGUGAGGUCGGUGCGUCGUCGGCACUUGCGCCAAAAAUCGGCCCUCUUGGUUUGUCACCCAAGAAGGUCGGAGAAGAUAUCGCAAAGGCGACGACCGCAUGGAAGGGCCUGCGCGUUACCGUGCAGCUCACCAUCCAAAACCGUCAGGCGGCCGUCUCCGUCGUUCCCUCCGCCUCCUCCCUUGUGAUCAAGGCUCUCAAGGAGCCCCCCCGUGACCGCAAGAAGGAGAAGAACAUCAAGCACUCCGGCAACAUCGCGCUCGACGAGAUCUGGGAGAUUGCACGGACAAUGCGCUCCAAGUCGCUCGCGAAGGAGCUCUCUGGUGUCGCGAAGGAGAUUCUUGGCACCGCACAGUCGGUCGGCUGCACCGUUGACGGAAAACCCCCGCACGAUAUCAUCGACGCCAUCAACGAGGGCGAGAUUGAGGUUCCCGACGAGUAA